AUGGGACUGAUCCGAGACCACCACAGCGUCUGUGAUCUCCAAGAUAAGUUCCGCAAUGCCAUCUUCGAGUUCGACAAGGUGGUCAAGACGACCUCCAAGCUCCUCCGCGCCGCCGAGACCCUCAAGAUCCCCGUCUACACGACGACGCAGAACCGCGCGCGGCUCGGCGACACCGUAUCCGAGCUGGCGCCGCUCCUCCGGGAGUCAGACCUCGUCCGCGCGCCCGUCGACAAGACCAGGUUCAGCAUGUGGGUGCCCGAGAUCGCGGCGCAGUUCAACGGCAAGGGCAUGCACGAGUUCCUGGUCGUGGGGAUCGAGUCGCACAUUUGCGUGACGCAGACGGCGCUGGACCUGCUGGCGGCGGGCCACAGGGUGUACGUCCUCGCCGACGGGGUGAGCAGCUGCAACCGCGAGGAGGUGCCGAUCGCGCUGGCGCGGCUGCGGCACGAGGGCGUCACGGUCACGACGAGCGAGAGCGUCAUCUACGAGAUGAUGGGCGACGCCGCGCGGCCCGAGUUCAAGAGCAUCGUCGGGCUGGUCAAGGAUACGAGCAAGGAUACCAAGGAGGCUCUGCAGGUCCUGACGCCCAAGAUCUAG